AUGUUUAGCGUGACACCACACAUUGAAGCGUUUGUUGACGCCAUCCCAGGUAGUAGGUAUAAUGAAGACGGGAAAAACUCUGUGAACAAUACCGGAUGCUUUCCAAGCACAUAUCUAUUAUGCCGUUCCUCUUCUAUUUUCACAAACGAUAUCCGUUGUAGACCAGCGGCUUUGUGUGCGUUGUCAGAUUUUGACACAAGCAAUGGCACCACAUCCGUAGCAUCUUUGGUGCCAGCGAGCGUGCUUGAGCAUGGAAAAGACGCGACCUUAAAAUUGGAAACUGUCAUAACUAUUUUCAGCAAGCUCAAAAAUGGACCAGAUAAGAAAAUCUUUCAAUCGUUGAUCGACCAGUUCAAUGACAUGCAAGAAAUUCUUAUCUUGGAGAAUUAA